GACAAGAGGAAGGAGAGAGAAUAUUGCAGGGGCGGGGGAGACGUGACAAUCGGAACAAAGACUCUGUUUCGACGCUCCGGUGAUUGCGGUAGCGCCCCCACUGCUCCGGGCAUAGUCUUUGGAAUUUUCUUGUUUGGCAUCAGUGGUGAAUUUAUGGGGGUGGGGGGUGACAAGUUGCAGAGAAUGAUUACCGAGAAAGCUGAACCAAUCUCUUAAUCCUACUCGAACCUAGAUAUCGAGGUUUACUUGCAAAAGGACCACAUGUCUAGCUUAGAGGAUAACAAAGAACAAGGAGUGAAUGUCAAUACAUCUGAUGAGUCAGCUGAUAUGCCAUCUUCCCAGGAGGAGAUCUUGCAGGAGGAAGUUAUAAAGAAAAAAUAUGGAGGAAUUGUGCCUAAAAAGCCACCGCUUAUAUCCAAGGACCAUGAACGUGCAUACUUUGAUUCUGCGGAUUGGGCACUGGGAAAGCAAGGUGGUGGGAAGCCAAAGGGACCACUUGAGGCUCUGCGGCCAAAACUGCAGCCAACGCAGCAGCAAACACGUUACCGGAAAUCUCCAUAUGCUCCUUCAGAUGAAGGUGGAAAUAUUCCAACGGAGGAUGCACCUUCCAAUGAGUAAACAGUUGGCCUUUUGAUGAUCUGCUGACUAUUGUUCUGAGUUGGUACAGCCUGUUCAAAUAAAAAUAUUGAAUAUGUAUGCAUAUUGGCAGAAUACAUGAACUUGAUCUACUGCUCCUGUGUAAAACUUAUGAAGACCAUGAUCUUUGUGUUUUUCCAUUUCUUCUUUCUUCAGGUAUUUGAAUAAACCAAUAAGAAAUUGAGAAUGAGAUAUAUCUGUUUGUCUUAUAA